UUGAAAAUGUGCAGUGAUUCGAAGCUCUCGCGGCUCUGCCGUUUGGUCGAUGACUGUCUCCGUCCGUACACUGAAUCCGGUGUCGUUUUGGUGACCAAAGAGCGAGAAAUCCUGGUCACUCUCUCUCAGCUUCUUCGCCAAGUCAAGCUCUUGACCCAAGCACUUGACUCCGACUCUGAAAAUGGCCCAGUGAUAGGAUUGGAUUGUGAGAGUGAUUGCAUGUGUCUAACUAAAAUCGUAACUCACUUGAUAGUUUUGUUAACAGUGGAGAGUCAAUAUGUCAAGCAUCUGACGUGCAAUGUUCUAGUUGCUGUCUCAGAAUUCCUUGCUGCUUUGGGAAGCAACUGGGGUGCCUUUAUUCAUUUGUUGUGUGUUUGUGUGGAUUUGGCGAUCACUGUGGCGAUUCAAUGUACUUCAUCACAUUUGACAACUGAAGCUGAUGAUCAUCACUCUGGUUCAUCAAGUUUAGUUCUUGUGUUAAAACGUAAGCUGGAAAAUGCUGACUGGUCUGUCGCAGCUGGUGUUGUUCGAGUUUUACAUGAUAUACGAAAAUAUUUGAAGACUGAAGAUGAUGAUGUACUUGUUGAACUGUUCUUUGAUAAUGUCAAUUCUGUUCUUUCAACCGUCCCUUGGAAUUUAUUACAAGGGAUUCAUGUUGGACCAAAUCUUGUUGCUCAGAAAAGCUCUGGUGCGGAUGUUUUAUUUCAAAGAUCCUUGUUUCUGGGAAACUUGGUUCAGUUUCUCUGUUCCUUGGCUGAGCAAAGUGGUUCUAUGGAAGCUGCAAGUGGAUCUGUAGACAGGCAUCAUCCAAUUAUUUCUACAAUCAUCAACCUUGUACCUAAGCUUUUAUGUUCGUGCCUUGAUGAGCAAGCAGAUUGUGUUAACUUUAACAAGUGCAUCUCUCAAUACUUUAGACACAAGUUAUUGGUGCUCAUGAUCAGGCUCAUUUUCCAAACUUGUCAGGAAUUCUCAAUUCCUGUUACAUGGUUGCAACUUAUUCAUAAGUACUUUGAAGAUGUUUUGCGGAAUCCCAUUACUCUCAAGAAUGAUCAGGAUGAUUGUCUGGAAGGCUCUCCGUUUCUUUCCAGUGUUUCUGAUGCAGAAGUAAAUAGUCUGUCUUCUCGCCAUCUGCAAAGACAGGCUGUUUUCCUUUUCCUGAGGUGUUCUUUUAGCUUGAUUAGCACAAAAGGAGGCACUAACAAGAAAUGUGCUUGUACAACUUGGAACUUACGCUUGACCUGUGAUUCAAAUGCAGAGCUUCUGUGUUGUGGAAGAAAGAAAGGUCUCUUGGAGCUUUAUAACUGGCUUCAAGGGCAUCUUCCAGCUAAUAUGACAGUGGACCAUGAAAUGUAUUUUGUAGAAUGUGUUGACUUUGCCAAAUCCUUCAUCCAACUGUAUAUCAAAGAGGAUGAUGUAUUAUUCAAAGUGCUCUUGCAUCUGCUUUGUGUACCAUGUUGUGCAGAACAGGAUGAAAAGGAAAAGGUUGCAUUGGAGGAUUCGAAUGGCAAUUUACUUUUCCGUGUCUCAGAUCUUUUCAAUCCUGUACUCUUGUUCCAUCUUUUCCUAUUAGAGUUGAGCUAUGACCAUCAGGUGCUUCUUGAUUACCUUAUUUCAAAAGAUACUGGAAUCAGUUGUGCAGAAUAUCUUUUAAGGUGCUUGCGUAAAGUGUGUGAUUCAUGGAGCUUAUUUGUGGAAUUUCUAGUGGGUGGGCAAGCUACAAAUCAAUCAUUUUGCAAGAAAAGAAAAGUUUCAUUGGGUGGCUCGAGUUCCUGGGGAGAGGAUUCUGUUGCACCAACAAAAAAUCAUCUUACAUUUCUUGAUGAUGAACCUGAUGAAGAAAAUGAAAAUGGCUGCAAGCACACCCAAAAUGGAGGACAGUAUUUCAAAGAAGCCAAAGAGUGCUUACUUUCACUUAAAAUUUCUAUUGAAGGUCUACACCAAAAGAAUCUGUUUCCCUACAAUCCUAAUGUUCUUCUGAACCGCUUAACAAGAUUUCAGGAACUCUGUUUUGAGGAAGAGAAAUAAACUUGUAAAAGAAUGAACUUAUCAGCACAGAUUUUUGCAGAGCAUCAUUUAUUCCUUUGAGUUGAAGUGAUAAAAUGAGAUCUUGCCAACCAAUGAGGCCAAGUCUCGACGAAAACUCUUUGAGUUUCUUUGAGUCAGGCAACUGGGCCACAGUCAGACAAUGCUGGAAAGAGUGCUUUGAGAUCCUCAUGACUCUUUGAGGCCAUAUAUGGAGAUUUUUAAGAAGUGAAUGCACUUUGUGGAUGAACGUUGUUACAUUGAGCAGUGAAGGAAUAGAAGAACAAGCUUUGUAGUUAAGGUAUUCGUUUGUACCAGUACAUUGGCAUGAGGUGUAAACCUUCCUGGUCAUCAUCAUCUGUUCAUUAUUAAGGUAAGGCAAAAUUUGUGCGUUAUCUUUUUCAUUUGGUUCCUAUAUUUACAAAGGUUUCUAGCAGGAGUAUAUUGCAGCAGCUGUUCCUCAGGACAAAUUUAUGUAAGUGUUGAUUCUCUUGCAGGGAACAGAAUAUUAUGAUGGGAAAACAAAGAGAUAUGUUGAUUUUACAAUAUCAAUACAGAUAUAUUGCAAAUGAUGGUUUUGGUCACACAUGACUACAUAGAAUAAAAAAUGGAAAGAAAGAAAUAUGUGAAUCAGAUUACAUAUGCUUUUCUCCCUUUAUAAUCAACAGUUGAUCAGAUUCUACAAGAAAGAUGGGAGUAGAUGUCCAUCACAAUCCGCCCGCCUAACAAUCAAUAAACACAAAUCAUAUUAGUUUCUGAAUAUUUGCCUCAAAUAUUAAUACUAGGAAUCAGGUUGUUUGGGGUUUUGAAUAUCAGAAAUAAAAGACCAGUGCUAGUGCGAAUUGGGCAUUCUGCCUUGUUUAUAUUAUUACAUUCUACAGCUAGUAUAUCAGUUGAUUAGUUAGAGAUGUUAAUCGGGGAUGCUGAGCACCCUUGAAUGUUGUUAGUCCAUGCUUCUUUCCUAUAUGGUUUAUCUUGUUUUGUUCUUUUUUUUUCCUUUGUCCUCCAAGAGAAGCUCUUCUUUUGUCUUAUUUACAUAGAUUUAUCUGGCCUGAGGAAGGGUUGGAUGUGAGUUAACCAGACCUUCAGAGACCCCUAAAGCAUGAGAAAUUAUGACUUACUCAUUAAGGUGUUGUUAGAAGGGCCACUUUGGAAUAUAGCCAUAUAUAUUUUUGUCUGUAAGGACAAUGUGCAGCACUUGCACUUAAAUGGUACACUAAUUGUUUCUGAAAAUGGUGAGGCUUUGAUUUAUCUAAUUAUUUAUUUUUAACAAUUACGCUUUCAUUCGGAUGAUUUGUUCCUUAAGAAAGUAGAGUUUUCACCUCCUAGCCUCUUCUCAUAUAUUUUGGGUUCUUUCAGGGUUUAUGGUUUGAUGGGGAUUCUUCCUUAUGGAUGAUGCCAUGCAUGAAUGUUGAACUUGCUAACUCGCUAAGCAAAAGAGGAAUAUUAAGCGUACAGCAACUAUUCCCCAAGGCAACUUUGCAGACCAUGAUUGGAAAUUUUCCUGCUUCAAAAAUGUAGCAGGUACAGACUUCUAAGAUAGUUGACACAUGGCUGACUAACCCACAGGUCAAGAUUUAACAUGACUGGACAAAUUUUUGACUGGGCUGGGUAGGUUAUUGAAAUACAAGUCAGUUAUUUGCUUUCAGGAGUGUUAACUAAUUUCAGUAGCUUUGCAUCUAGAAUAUUUUGUUCUUCUAGGAUCUGCAGCCUUUUCCACGCAUCGAAGUGAAAUUAAAACUUCAGCAGAAAGUCUCGCUCUUUAGACAUCGCAUUGGUGAACACCAAUUUCGGGCAAAACAAAUCAAGAGCGUUUACCCAGCGUUUCCCUAAGGUGAAAAAUGAAGCAUGGUGGUUGGUCCUUGCGAACACCUCAACAUGGGAAUUAUAUGCUCUCAUAAGAGGGAUGAAAUUGACUUUAAUUUCAUAUUGUCAUCUACGGUUCGAGCAAGAGCACUCUAUUUCACAACUUAUUGAACUGCAGUAACCAAAGGAAGAUAUCUUAUCAAGGUGUAUAGUUAUAGAUAGUUUUAAAAAGUAUCAAUACAUUGGACCUUAAGGUGUAUAUCAGUAAAUGUUCGAAUAUUUUUACAAAGUAUAACCGCGCGGCUAUACUUUUAAAUAUAUAUUUCCUUCUUUA